CUUCCCACACCGAUAUCUACAUGUGCGUAAAAGCACAACGUCUUUCACUCAUCGAUCGGUCUUUUCAGCGCGAUUUUUCACUUCUGUCAGAGGUUUAUAAUUUGCCGCUUCUGGAGAGCGUCGGACGAUUCCAGCGAGGCGCGUACUGGGGUUACGCGAGGGUAAAGCACUCAUCCACAUUCAGUGAGUUAGUGGGAAAGUAAAUGGGAUGAAAGCUCAAGUCAGUGAGCCAGCAGGUCGGACAUUCAAAGCUUCUUAACUGCAGCAGGUGGAAGGAGGAAGAGGAGAGCCACCCUGGACUCCGCACGGAGCGUGGAAAGGACCGGUGCGUGAGAGAGAUCGGUGAACCACCUCAGUGAUCUUAUCAUCUACCUGUGCAUCAUUUAGCUAAUUUAUUUUGCUCAGUUUCACGUAGUGUCAUACAUGAUGGACAGAUUGACAGUGUGAAGAAAACGCCACUAAACAUGCUGUUCGAUACGCGCAGAACAACUCCGCAAAUGUCUGCUAUGAGGAUGGAUAGAGACCGAAAGAUUUGGCACUCAUGGGACAAAUCGAGUAUGGGCAGAAGGAGUGAUAUUAGGGCGAUGAUAAGGGAUGUGGAGCGGGGACAGCAAUGGACCGUGAUUUUUCUGGUGUCACUCGCUCUGCAGCCGCAGGUGGUGUGUGCUGUGGGUACAUUUGAGGUGCAGAUUCGACAGUGGCUGAACCCUCAGGGCUUUCUACUGAAUGGGCAGUGCUGUGACCCCCAGGCCAGCGGGAGGCAGCACUGUUCAUCAGGUGAUCAGUGUGACACAUACUUCAAGGCCUGUCUGAAGGAGUACCAGGCUCGGGUCGCACCUACUGGCACUUGCACUUAUGGCACUGGCAGCACACCUAUCCUGGGUGGCAACUCCCACACCUUACAUCACCAUGGGAACGAGGGAACCGACAGCAGAAAUGGACAAAUUGUUAUCCCAUUUAAAUAUGCAUGGCCAAAAUCAUUUUCUCUGGUGAUUGAGGCUUUGGACCAUGACAAUGAAACAUCAGAGCCAGGUCGGGAGGAAUUAAUAGAACGAGUGUUGCUAUCCUCCAUGCUGAAUCCAGGUGAACAGUGGCUGUCCUUCCGCCACCACGGCCGUGCAUUCACUCUCGAAUACCGCCUGCGCUUUCGCUGUGAUACCAAUUACUACGGCCCACUCUGCAACAAGCUCUGCCGUGCACGAGAUGACUUUUUCGGCCAUUUCGACUGUGACCCUUCUGGUAGCAAGGUGUGUAAGGAGGGCUGGACUGGACCAGAGUGCAGACAGGCGGCGUGCAAGCAGGGAUGUCAUCUGGACCACGGCUCAUGCCUUCUACCAGGAGAAUGCAAGUGUCAUUAUGGCUGGAAGGGUGAUCUGUGCGAUGAAUGUGAGACGUUUCCUGGGUGUGAUCAUGGCACUUGCACUGAACCCUGGAAGUGUGUAUGUGACACAAAUUGGGGCGGCCUGCUCUGUGACAAAGAUCUGAAUUAUUGUGGUAACCAUCAGCCGUGCAAGAAUGAUGGUACUUGUAUCAACACUGAACCCAAUGAGUACUUGUGUAUGUGCAAGGAGGGUUUCCGUGGCCGCAACUGUGACAUUGUAGAGCACGCCUGUCUCUCCUCUCCAUGUGAGAAUGGUGGAACGUGCAAUGAAGACCCGACAGGAUUCAGAUGUGUGUGUGCGCAGGGUUGGACAGGACCCACCUGUACUGCCGCAGUGUUGCAGUGUGACUCCAGUCCGUGUGGGCGUGGAGCUACAUGUCAAGAGACGCCACAAGGCUUCCUGUGUCUGUGUCCUCCAUUCUGGUCCGGCAGGACCUGCCAGCUCGACACUAAUGAGUGUGAGACUGGUGUAUGUGUCAAUGCCCACUCCUGCCGUAAUCUUAUUGGAGGAUAUUUGUGUGACUGCCUUCCCAGUUGGUCAGGGCCAAACUGUGACAUCCCGAACAAUAGCUGCCAGGGCUUGUGUCUGAAUGGAGGACACUGUGAGGAUUCUCAGUGUGUGUGUUUGCCGGGUUUCUCUGGUAAACUCUGCCAGACAGUACUGAACGCCUGUAACAGCAACCCUUGUCUAAAUGGAGGGCAGUGCGUGGAGCCUCAGGGUGGCAGAGGAAUGUUCUGUAGAUGCCCUCUGGGAUACACUGGCACCUAUUGUGAGACGGCACUGGAUCUUUGCAAUCCCAACCCUUGCCCGAAGGGGGUGCCAUGUCGCAGUACGGAAGGAGGCUACAUGUGUGCUUGUCCUGAGGGCUUCCAUGGAAAUGAGUGCAUGAGCCUGAAUGAUCCGUGUCAUGAACCCCACUGCCAAGGAGCAGUGUCAGACUUGGGUGUAGGUGGGUUCAGUGUUUAUAUGGUGUUGGUUGGAAUAUUUUCCCUGCUUGUCACAGGCGGCUGCUCUGUAUGUGCGCUAAUGCUCUCCCGUAUGCACCACUGUCAUCGUACCAAAGAGCAGCUGCGCACUUCAGCGCCUGAGGACAACGCCAUUAAUAACCAGCGGCAGUUCUGCACUCUCAUCCGUAACUUGGACCACAGCGUCGCCCUACUGCCCCCUGCCCAGACAGUGCCCACCACAGUGCCCGCCGUUCCCGUGCCAGUGCUCUGCAGCGAAGAGAUCGAGCUUACUCUUCCCCCCUCACCUGUGCCCUCCUCAGCUCUAAAGCCAGUCCACGGGCCCAAGUUGGACAUUUGUAAUCGAGAGCGAGAGAAACUGAACCGUUUCCACUAUGUAGACAACCAGGAAUUGGAGGUGUGACCACCCGAUGGCCACUCUGAGUUCCUGGUUUUUGGAGGAUAGUGCUCUAAUGCAGUUAAUGUGUCUUAAAGGUGCUGUAAGAGAUGUAAAUCAUUCCAGAAUGUCUGAAUAAGACACACCCCCUUUUUCUAAAACCCACUCAAAAUAUACUGUUGUUAAAACCAUUGUAGUCAAAUGGAGCAGGAGAGCAGCACCGCGUCUUCUGUGUUGUAGCAAGCAGCAGUUGCAAAUUUGCGUUCUCACACAACAAACUUGCAACUGCUUUUAAGCUGAAUAUGCCAUUUGACUUGAAUGAUUCGCUCUAGCCACCAUGCUCUCAGCUUCCUGCUUCCCAUAAAUGGGCUGCCCUGUGAACAUGCAAAAUGACUGAAGGAAUAGUUCACCCAAAAAUUUAAAUUCUCUUAUAAUUUACUCACCCUAUUGCCAUCCCAGAUGUGUAGGACUUUCUUUCUUCUGCUGAACAAAAACAAUGAUUUUUAGAAGAAUAUCUCAGCUCUGUAGUUCCAUAUAAUUUAAGUCAACAGGGUCCAAAACCUUGAAGCUUAAAAAAGCACAUUAACACAGCAUAAAAGUAAUCCAUAUGAUCAGUAUUUAAGUCCUUUUUUUACUAUAAAUCUCCACUUUCAAACAACCCUCCUAAGUGCUCUUCUUUCCUAAGAGUUCUUCUGUUUUUAGCAAUUUGCAUUCUUCGUGCUUAUCACCACCUACUGGGCAGGAAGGAGAAUUUACUGUAAAAAAGGACUUAAAAAUUGAUCUGUUUCUCACCCAGACCUAUCAUAUUGCUUCUAAAGACAUGGAUCUUUAGUCAUAUGGAUUACAUUUAUGCUGCCUGUAUGUGCUUUUUUUGAGCUUCAAAGUUUUAGACCCUGUUGACUUAAAUGGACCUACAUAGCUGAGAUAACUUUCUAAAAAUCUUUGUGUUCAGCAGAAGAAAGAAAGUCAUACCAUUCUGGCAUACGGGUGAGUAAAGGAUGAGAGAAUUUUUAUUUUUGGCUGAACUAUUCCUUUAAUAGGCAGAAAGCACCUCAAAGUCUUCUGAUUGGCUAAAAAGAAUCUGACUGUCUGGCCUGCUGUCAGAGCUAUAAGACUAUUACAGAGACAGGUGUGAUAUUUCAGAACACCUAAUUCAGUGAUAUCUGUCGAGUAAUAGAGACAUUUUCUGUAUGCCAUUCCAUAAAAAGUCACUUACAGCACCUUUAAUAAUCCUCUGCUGUUGAACAUUGACCUUUGAGCUUUAUAUUAUAAAAUAUAAAGACCUGAGAAAGGAAUGAGAAGACCACUUCAUUACCGGCUGAAGGAACUGUACUGACAAUUUACAAAUGAGUUAAAAGUACAGCAAGUGUUUUAAGGCCAGUGAUUCAGCAUCCUUGAAUCCUGCUUAUUUAAGUGUAUUUUAUUGUAUGUUUACACUUGUGCCCUUUAUAUUUGUACACAUUUGUCUGAUUGCCUGUUUGUGAGUGUGUACUGUAAGUGUGUAUGUAUGAUUGUGUUUGUGGAUGGUCCGCCAUAAAUUUCCACAAAGCCAUGCAUGUUAUUAUCACUUGGAACUCACUGACUUUUUGAUACUUAUAGGAACAUGAAAACAGAGGAUUUGUACUCGUAACUGAAGGAAUUACAGCACAGACAGAACACGUGCCACUUGACAUCCUUAUCCUAAUUAAUGCCUGUCAUGUUGGAGAUGUACAAGAUGUAUGAUUUUUAUAACACUUGGAUGUAUAUAGCGCUGUUGUACAUAGUUUGUACAUAUCAAUUUUGCCAUUUUUUGUACACGGGCUCCUUGCGAAAUGUCACUUUUUUAAUUCCCUGUUUUCAUGCUUUCCACUCAACUAUUUGAUGGAAGAUUGGAUUGGUUAAAGUACAUUUAUCAAUCAAUCCAUAAGUGUUUCUGUGUGGCUAUUGUAUUGGUAUCGUAGAAUAUUCUGUAUAUUCGGGUGUGUUCGGUCCGUAAGCUGUGUGAAUUGAAUAAA